AUGCCCGCCAAAAGGACCCCGGCGCCUCGCCGAGUCGUCAGGAAUCCCGUGGACGAAGAGUACGCCGAGCGGCACUUCAUGUUUCGCGCCGCGGCCCUGCUUGGGGUGUUCCUCAUUGUCACCUUGGUGGUGACCGUCGGCGUCACCGUCUACAUGACCUUCAUCAAACCCGGCUCGUACGCCAAGUUCCGUCCAUUGCAGAUAACAAAAUGCAUAUCACUUGCGGCGGGCACCGAAGUUACAGAGGUGGAAGGCACCGUUUUCACAUUGGACGAAAGUGGCGACCUGUCGUGGACUAUCCCAGACCACGCAGCCCAGAUGCCUUUUUUCAGCUGCGAGACUUACGAGGUUUUUCUUGGGAACCCUCACUACAUACGGUUCUUUGGCACAUUUGCCGGACACAUGAUCGAGUUUCGGGUGGCGCAUGCCGACGAAGAUGGCAUCAACCUCAUCUACGAGGGAUGGUGCGUGUUGCAGUGUGUCAAGCUUGCACAGAAAGAGGUCGGCUGGGACGAGCCGUUCUCCUACCUGCCCGCCCUGGACGAGGGAUACUUCUCGGACACUGUCAUCACCGCUGAAGGCGGAAAAGAGUUUCCCGUUCACCUGACCCUUCUGCGGCUAAGUUGUCCAGCUGUGGAGUGGGCCGAAAGCAAGCCCAGCCCUCUGGACGGGUUGCCCGAUGACGUCGUCGCAGCCGCCUUGCACUGUAUCUACGCCGACUGCCUACCACCGACGCUUACCGAGGAGACGGCGAGGGCGUGCGUCUCACUACUGAGCCCACCGGCCGCCACCGGAUUUGAGCGGCUUGUCCACCUCUGCGAGCUCUUCCUCCGCAACAUGGCCGUCAAGCAGCGAGUGAUGUCACUUGUCAGCGACAUGCACCAGUGCGCCGCGACGGUGGCGGAAUGCUUCAGCGCUCCCUCCGGAAACGGAAGCGAGGGAGAGGGCGGGGAAGGCUGCGCCUCGCCCACGGCGAGCCCAGCGCGGCUCUGCUACGUCGUGGGUCAGGCCCUGAGGGAGUGUGCUGUGGCGGCGGCCAAGCUGCUGCUCCUGUGCGGCGUGUUCUCGCGGCACAAGCACCUGCUCUCUCGGGAGGAGCGGCAGGACCUCAUCAAGCACUGCGUCUCAAGGCUGCCCACUUUUAUGAAUCAGCUGCAAAAGCUUUUGGAAGCCGUGAAGAGGACGUUUGGGAACCUGUCGUUUGCGGAGAGGACCGUCAUCGCCGCGUACGUUGUCCCUGAAAUCGAGUCUUCCCUGGAGUCCCUGUUCCAGCUCAUUGCCGAGGCCAAGCGAGCGCUGGACCUGAUCAUAAGCCGAAUGACCAACGACAAGAUGACUACAGAACCGUAUGUCGCCGACCUGCCCGUCGGCGAGCUGCUUAACCGGAACCUCAGAAACUCCCUAAACGUACGAGAGUUGGUGAAGUUGCGGAGCUUCUACGAAAAGGUUUUCAUGACCUUCAUCACUCUCAUGCGGAAAAAGGAAAGCUUCUGUGACAUGGGAGGCGGCAGCAAGAUUAGAUCUGUGGCGAAGAACUUGGAACAGUUCAUCGAUGAGAUUCCCAUGCUGUUGCUUCGGAUCGAGGAACUGCGGUCGGCCGUGCUUGAGAAGCAGAGCUGCAAGGAGUGGAAGUUUCUCUUCAAGUUGGGAACGUCCAAAGUGGCAUGGGUACUGAACAAACUGGUGAGCCACCGCGAGACGCUUCAUCUGGUGAUGACGCGUCUCUGCGACCUGGUGGCGCGAGACCAGUUCACUGCGGCACUCGUCGAGCUGGGAAUAGUCGUGCCGACUGGAGAGGUGCACCAGAAUGGUGUCACCGGAGACGAAGAUGACCACGUCGUCAACGGCUCACCCGCUGGCACGACGACGGAGGUCGAAGGCGUCGUCUGUGGCGAAAACGCCACCGGACUUGCCGCAGCCUCCGCCGAGCCCGAUCGACCGCAGAGCGAGCCGAUUGAGUCCCUGUGCCAGCCGCCGCCUGCCAGGAACAGCCGGUUGGCCGAGGACAGCUUGCGGCUUUUCCUGGACGGCAAGGACACAGACAUGUCCUUUGAAAUCGUUUCAGCACCGGGCUACGGUGGCGAUACAAGUCCGGAGCCGGUCAACGACACCGUUUCGGGCAUGCAUUGGCAGAUUGGAGCCCACCGCGUCGUCGUAGCCACCCGCUGCAACUGGUUCAAGAAGGCACUCCUCAGUGGCAUGCGGGAAUCCAUUGACCGGAAAAUAACGGUGCACGACACGCACCCAGAAGUGUUCCAGCUCUUCCUUGAGUACCUGUACCGCGGCUGCCUCGACUCGCGGCAACUCACCACCGAGCAGCUCGUCGAACUCAUGCAGCUCGGCGACCGAUACGAGGUUGACUUGCUGAAGCAGAUCGCGGAAGACGCUCUUCGUGACCAUUUGGACGAAGACUCGGCCCUCUUCCUUCUCAACUUGGCCGACCAGCUCAAUGCCAGAAAUCUCAGGAAUUCGGCGCUGGAGUUUGUCGCCAUCAACAAGGACGUCGUGAAGAGCGACGGCUACUCGGAGCUUCCGGACGACCUGCAGACCGAAAUCAUGGAGACCAUUACCUGGUUCGAGCUCAGGAGUUCCCAGCGACCCGAAGACUUGAUACCCUUUGGGUGCCAGUUCGAGCCUGCCAGUCCCAGCUCGGCGUCGUCCAGCCUACUUGACAUUGACGAGUUUGCCUCGGCACUCAGCAUUUCUGGGAAGGAGACGGACGCCACACAGGCGGACCAGGGAGUCGCGCACUCCAGCGCCUGGAGCUCUCUGGAGGAGCUCCCGCUCACACAGGACUCGGCGCAGCUCGAGGUCUGCGUCGAGCAGCUGCGCGACGUCGUCGGUGAGGCGGUGCCUCGCGAGGCGCUCGUGCAGGUCAGCCUCGCAGCCGACUACGACGUCAACCGAGCCCUCAACUUCUUCUUCGCCUGAAAAUGUUGAAAAAGAGAUGAGGCGAGGAUGGGCCGUACAGCAGCAUUUGAGGAAAGCGAAAGUUUGGGGAAAGUUGGAACUGGUGCGCCCCGCAGGGGGUGCUGGUAAUUAGUCGGCACGAGAGGAGGUAGUUUCCACUAGCUUGGAUCACGGUGAUCGGCCAUGUUUUCCUCCAAUCCACGAAAGAGGGGUGUUGAAAUGGCGCUUUUACGCUAGCACAACAGAUCGACACUAUAUGCAUUCUAGAUAGCCCGGCAGAUAGCCCUCCUGCCUUAAAAUGAGUGCAGGGCAUUUUAGAUGUGCUGCAAAGGUAGUGAACGCUUACACUGUUAACGCACAAAUGCGGUUGCUCGAUCGAACUAGCGCCAAGGUUGUUUUUGUUGUUAACUUUUAUUGCAGGUGUCAUGAAUUUCAAAGAGGCGUGUUAAUGCUUUUGCCGAAGAAUCCAGUCUUGCUGGUUGCUUCACGCUUUGUUUUCGUGUUCGUGCACAUUUCGUUGUCUGUUGACGGUAUCGUUGGUGGAAUGUAACAUAAGGACAAAGCAGAUGCUGUGCAAAGAGGAAAGGGACAAAGCAUAGAAGCGAACCGACAGGCAUGGUCGUUUUUACGCUUCGUCCACGUUUUUUUUUUUUUUUUCUGCGCCUUAUCCGUUUUUUGCCCUAAGCAUGAAUCAUCUAGCUCAGCAACAAGCUCUUUCGUACGCUAUAGCUUGUCACAGGAAGCCUGCCUAGACAUUUGGUUAGCCAGUGCCCUUCAUCCCCAGUUGCAGGAUCUGAAAUUUUGAAAUUUUCAAGGCUCCCAACUGUUCAACCUCAUGGCAUAUCUCCAAGUAGAAUCAUUUGACUCUGAAAGUGGUAAAACUUAUUAUAGAUACGUGCUCUUCAUAUCGCAGCAUUUCUUAGAAAAGCACUGCCCUAUUCGAGACGAGCGCGCACUUUCUUUGUGUUAACAAGUGCUGUGCCAAGCAACGGGCGCGACGCCACUCGUGGAUUGUGAGUUAUCGAGACUCGAUAGUGUGGUGUGUGCGGGUUUUGUAGAGCAUAAUGCCAAGACAAGGACUGCAAAAGCGACCAAAACUCUUAGCACUAAAAAUACUAGAUAGUUUCGAGUCUCUCUCCUUACGCGGCACCAAAGAGGAAACCCAUCUUCCUCGUAUUGGUAAAUUAUUUUUUCGCAUUUCCGAAAUUGAAAGGAUGCACAGUACAUGAGAAAACGUGCAAAAAAGUAAUGGUAGUGGGCGACGCCACCUUGAAAUUGUUGUACCAAAUGCCGCAAUGUCAUAGAUUAUGACGGUGUCUACUAGGGCCUACAGAGUUCCUAAUCAGUCCUAAUCAGUACAGAAGUGCAUUAUCCUCUGAGAGGCAUAUAGACUUGACAUGCCAAUUUCAGGAAAUUUCUUUGAGCCAAUGGUACCAAAACAUGAAAGAUUUUAGCAAACAUUGUUGAGAGCCUAACUCGAAUCCAUGACUUCGUUGGUGGAGAUUUUACCGUGACAUGCGGAAAUUAGAUUUUUACUUUAAUUUUCUCCUUUGUUAAUUAAUCCUGUGGUAGAGGCAUUGUGUUUGUAUGUGUGGUUUUGGCAUGUGAACCUUAAGCACGAGUACUCAAGUGUUAUUGUGAUCCUCAGUGAACACUGUUGGGAGCCUAACUCGGAAAUGCUUGGUAAAGCCACGCACAUUCGAAGUCUUUAUAUUAGCUUUUGUUUCCAGGCCUGCUUUAGCAAGCUGUUCUGUCCUAGAACAAAAUGCGUUCAUAAUUAGGCGUUGAUUGCCACCUCCACUGGCUGUUGCUGACUCCCGCAUUAAGAUUACAAAAUUUGCAGGGUGCGUUUGCAUGAAUAUGCUGCUCUCGCAUCGUCACUGUAAUGUGCGCCUCUGACAAGUGAUGUUUACUGUGCGCAAGACACACUGCACAGUUUCCUCUCUGUAAUCUUUCUCUCUGUUCAUUCCCGUCGUGGCAAAGACGCAGGUCAGACGAACGAUUGAAAAGACAUUCUCGUUCAGAAUUGCACUAACGCGGAACCUGCAUUUGUGUCGCGUUGUGUCUUCGAGUGAUGGUUUAGUGCGAUACGAGUGGUCACGACGUGACUGCGACUGGUAGUUGCGCAUGACUCGGACCGUAGCAAAGAUCGUACAUUCCGCGGGUGCCAGCUGCGAGCAUCGUUGUUGUUGCGCAUUUCCGAGAAUCGCCAUGGCCGAUGCCUCGUCUUUCGCAUUUUAUGGUCGCACGCUCUCUCGUAGCGAGAGAAUGGUCGACGGGACAAAAAAAACGUUGGAAAUACAAGAAUGGUGUGUCUUUCAAAUCUGCUGCACUCUCGGUAAGCAGCAUCGUGUGCUUUCGGCUGCAAGCCCUCUUGUCAUGUGUCUACUUGAAAACCUGAGCUUUCUGGGCGAUGUCUCAACUUUGCUCUUUGUGUGGAAGCGUUUGUUGUCACAUACGCGCACAAUUGUAUGGAAUCACGGAGAUGGUGGACACCUAGUAAAUAGUGUGUCAGUGUUGACGGGCGCAAGACUUGAUUGUGGGUUAUGGUUGCUGAUUUAGGCCCAGUUUUGUCAUCAGUACUCCAAUGCAUCGAUUAAGCAAAUCUCGUUAUUGCAAGUUAUAGCUUGAACAACAGCAGUCUCCCACAGUGUUGACUGGGAAACUGCUUCAAUAUUUUGACGUCUCGUAAGCCGGGUAUGAAGUGUGACAGUGUUAAUAAUAAUAGCUUCGACUAAGGCAUUUGCGACUUUUAUAUGUGAUCCUCCUGCAUAUUCUUGUUGACGUGUUUAAGAAACAGGAAAGCUGUGGUUGAAAGUGCGAUUGUGUCCUAAGGACACGUUUUUGUCACUAGUCCAGUUAUCCUGAAUCGAGUGUGAACAGCAUUUGUCAGUCUAGGCUCUGUCCAGGCAUCGUAGUCAAUUGGAAAACCUGACAAUAGUGACUACAGGUCUUAGGAAAGUGAUUCAUGUAUGUGUGAACGUGCGAAUCAUCUGCCAAAAAGGUUUACUGCACGAGCCUUCUGUCUUUUUGUGGUGUAGCCCUUAAUGAAGCCUGCGAGAUAUGAUAUAGAGUCUCAUACAAGUCACUUCAUAAGCAUCAUUCUUGUUGCCACGUUUGCUCGUGUCGUGUUAUGUUCAGUUUCGUCGGCGUGACUUUAUAGCUUACUUCAGUGUACAGUCGUUUGCGUGCGUUUUCGGUCUCCAACUUCAUUCAUAACCAAGGGUCGUCAUUAGGCUGGCCUGCACGACUCGACGUGUACCGCACUGCAUUGAGACACUACUGAAGUCUGUCUGCUUCUACUUCACCCUUGUUCUCGCGCCCUCGUCUCAAUGUGCUGGCAUGGUUAAAGCGGUCAAAUCGCGUCGAUUCAAAAUCGGGCGGACCGUUGAGAUUUCCCGACAUUUUCUUCGACUUGAGGAAGUUGAGAGAAAUGUGGUCCAAGCAGAAUUCCGACUCGUCACAAACAGUGACAUACAAUCUCUUUGGACUGUGGUUUUCGAAAGUAUUGCGAAACGACGUGCCACGGGGGCCACUGAAUGCAGCUGAUUCGUGUCUGUGUUGCCUAUGUUUUGAUGGAGCCUGCCGGCACUCCUUGCAGCCCCAAAUGUGCAUUUUAAAAGACUCUACUACUAAACACAAGCACUUUCUCGUCCACCUUGACUAUGCUGCUUGACACUCACACACAUAAGUUGCAACUGAGUCUUGCUUGUCACUUCAUCGCUUUAUGUGCGAAAGCUUGCGUAUAGCUGAAAACCAUUCAGGCUCGUUUUCACUACCAGGAAUAACAAGCUAGCUCAGGAAAUUGUCGUCACUCGAGUGUAACUAAUAGGUCUACCAAAUAUUUUUGGUUUUAGCGUGCUUUAUCUAGUCACUACACUCUCAUUCUUUUUUUAUUUCCCGCACUCUUCUCCUAGUGAUCCCUGUUAAGAGCUUAUGUUGCUUGUACGUUAAGCGGCGUUUGUUGGCAUAACGUAACUUCACUAGAAUACAUUAAUGGCGACACCUGACAGCUCUGGCAGUGUGUGCAACUGUGGCCCCAGUCAACGUUGACUCAGGCUACUGUCAUUACUUGAAAAGCUUUCGGUGCAGCAAUGCCUUCGACCCAUUCGAAGAUUUUUCUCAGGCACACUGUUGCGUGAUGUGUGCCAAUAUCUGCCGCAUUGACAGUGUUCCGAAACACUAGAUUUUUGUAUAGGUGUCUAUAGCUUUGUUCGUUAUCUCCAGGUAAUGGAAGACGUAUUCGAGUUGAUAUAUGACCGUUGCAUUCGAUAGUGUAUCGUCACGUUACGUGUGCCGGUGCAUUCGUGACAGCGAUAGAGGUCAGAAGCAAAAAGUUGGGUUGUUAGAAGCCAUUAUAGCUGUGUUUUGCUGAGGCGGCGGUGAAAAGUGUAUUCAACGUGAUAUUUAAUUGUUGCCUGUAUUUGCUUACUCAUAUCGCGACUUCGCAUUUGUCAAUGUCUUUAGGACAGCGUUUCAGGAGAUGACCGUUGUAGAUUUGUGUUGUUGCAUCCAUGUUUGUUUUUUUCCAAGUGAUAGAAACCACGUUUCACAUGAGGGCACUUUCGCUACACAUAUUCAAUAUUUGUUAUAAGUGCAUUAUCACGUGUGUCACUGGGCUGAAGAAAAACGUGUAUUUAUUUUGCUGUACGUUCAAACCUCAUUAUAACAAAGUUGCACCUUAUAUGAAAAUAAGUUCGUUAUAUUUGAAAAUUCGUUGUAGAGGUAUACUAGUAUUAACACUAUAUAUCUAUUGCAAGACAAUUUUUCAUUUACUUUGUGAUAACCGAUAUUUCAUUAUUGAAAUGUAAAAGAGAAACUGCUGACAUAAGUGCAUGCACCGAGUUCCAGUGCGCUUGUUUUGCAAGUGAAAGAAAAAAACGUUCGUACAGGGCAUAUGCUGUUUCCACAGAGUGCUGUGGCGUGACAGCCGCUCCAAAGAAAAACAAGGAACAAGCUCUACUCCUUGAAGAGUGGAUAUGUAUCACCCUUGGCAUUAACCUUUCCCGUGCCACCCUCACGAUAGUCUCCUUAAGGUUUCAUGGGCGAUUCGUUUUCUGCAUUUGCAACGCAUCACAAGUUUCGGGUGGCAACAAGUUUUCUCGUUCGUCGAAAUGCAGCGAUAUUUGACCCGGGCCGACAAACACGAGAGACAACUCCGCGUGUAUUAGGCUUGUCAAACAAGGACAGCUCGAAAGUAGUGCUCACUUGUGUUUCUGUCUCCGAAAGUCAUGGAGGACCACCUCCCUCCACUUCGUCAGGAAAGAAUUCUUGCAGUAACGGCUAAAUGACAGAAAAAGUUUGUUUCUCUCUUUUUUUUUUUUUCAUACUCUUGCAUUUGUACGUGGCUUUGCAAGCGAAGAUUGGUUGAUUCACGAAUUAUCAGGCUCUGCGCUGCCACGUGUUAGGUGGGGUCCAGUAAACCCCGUCGACUGCAUCCAGGGAAAAUUGUGCUAAAGUUUUCUCGAUUGUUGCUUGAAAAAGCCAUGCCACCUUUACUAAAUGUUUUUGUCUGGGUCACAACAUAGUGAUAGAGCUCUGUUAAUAUUGAAGUGAAUUUUUAGGACGUUUAAGUGAGAUCAGUGAACAAUAAGCGUUUCUUUUAACCAAAGGGAUUUGCAUAGCAUUUCUAUCUGCCAGUCGCGCUUCCCUGUCACAUUUCGUGUACUCUUUUACAGCCUACGCUACUAAACCAAAGUUUUAUUUUUAUUGCUGUCUCAAUGAGAGGUUUUGUUUUGUUAUUCAUGCUGUGUCAUGCUUCUUGAAAUCGAAGCUUGUUUUUUUUCUCUCUCUCUCUCUCUUCUCUUUCGAGGGCAUUGAAAGUGAAGCUGGGUCUCUCAAAAACCUGUGGGCCCCAUCCUUUGUACAGUUGGUUUUAAUGUAACUAAGAACUUAUGAUGUCACAACUUAUUUCCAGUUUUCUUUGUGUCCAUUCCUGAUGUUGGCGCUGUUUCGAGCAGCUUGAAUUGAAAUGUCUCUGUUUAUGGUAAACACGCUUUAUCGGGCUUGUACUAAGUCGUCGAUUUGCAUCCAGUUGGUCGUAAUAGCCAUGUAUCAGCUGUUUGUUCUUCAGUUUCAUCCCCUUCGAACCUGUCACGCAGUCGUCAACUGGCAAAAAAGUGUGAACUUUGUUGUGGAGUGAUUAGAUGUUAAUAACUCGUGCUGUGAUUGUCUGUGUUCCCAUCUCAUAUUUGAUCAUAUUUUGAGCUCCCAGAUUGAGAUGUCUGAGGAGACUGUGAGCCUUAUAGCGAAAAAGGUAACCUGACAACAUGAUGAGCACUGUAGGCUGAACUCUUCCAUUUCAUGGGCUCAGUGCUUGUGCAAUUGUACUGCUUGUUUACUUUCAUCACUUUAAUCUUUCAUGCUCACUCCAAGAAAACUAGCAUUUUGGUUGUGAACAUUGAUGUCAUCUAGCCCUGUACAAUGGUAUGACCUCAAUGGAGUGACUUGCACCUAAAAAUUUUAACUGUAACCAACACCUUGCAUAGACACACUACUCAGCGGCCCAACACUUUUUCAAAACCUGCUUUUAGCCCAGGCUUGGCCCAUUUUUUGGCCUAACGUUAGGCGUAACAAACCUUGGGCACAGAGUAAGUUGGGCUUAGCGAAACAGUCGGCUUAACAAGUUAUUUAAGCAUGGUAGCAGUUUGUUAAUAUGAAUUUAGGUUUCUCAGCUAAAUGUAGCUGUUAUGUGUACAAGUAGGCCGAGAUCAUUCAUUGUAACCUAUCGUGACUUCAGUGGAUUACAGUUACUCAAUUUUCCCAAUGCUUAGUCCUGUAACCUUAAUUUGAAAGGCAAGGGUAAGUGUUCGGCGUGCGAAUGCAGGAGGCUGGACCUAUCAUGUGAAGUGCUCAGCAGAUGAAACUUGGGGCUCUACAGCUCUUCCAAUGCUCUCGUUUAGCAACUUUCCUAUGUCAUGACGCGAAACAGCAAUGCUAAUGGGUCGUAACGGUUAAUAACUUGACAAGAGAAUGACAGCUUGCCAGUUUGCAUUUGUGUAAAUGCGCUGGAUGAUCAUGAAAGGCAUACACUUAUACGUUGCUCUCUUGUGUCCAUCUAGACUUGUAGCAUUGUUGUUGUUUUUUUAAUUCUGCACACAUUUCUGUGCAGCGCUUUGGUGUACACGCUUGAAACUCUGAUCUUUCAGUGAUUUGAUGGACGUGUUGCCAAGUCAAUGUGGAUGUUGCCUUGUGAGAUGUCUCUCAUUAUGAACAAAAGCAAGCCUGUUAAGCUUUUAUGUAAUAUGGCUUUACGAUUAGUGCUAUACGCAUAUCAUGCACGCAUCGACAAAAGAGCUUACCUUUACGUGCGACGCAUGUUUAGUGCAUCUCGACAAUAAUUUUUUGUUUUCAGGCUUUCUUCGUUUGCUCAUUUGAAAUUUUAAGUUCGUGCCCUUUGAUAAGAGAUCUGUUCCUUUUAACACAACACAAACCUUUAGGGUCAUGUUCGUCCACUUUCCGCGAACCUUGGCAACAACCUCACGCGCUGUCUAAUGUUAGCACGGUGUCCGCCAUUCUUAACAAACAAAAUCUCGGACGCUAGACAAUCUGGUGACAAUGCAGCAUGGUUGAAAUUCUUGUUGAUGACAUUUCGAUUGUCAGUUUCACGGUAGAGAAGUGUUGGAGGGGCCUUUGUGCUUUUUCACUCAUUUUGAGAUGCGGAAUGGGUUACUUGAACUGUCUAAAAGCUCUUUGUGUACAUAUGUUAAAGAAAUGACAACCUUUCAUCAAACUAGUAAAAGGGCAAAGCAAUUCUUUAAUUGCUUGUGCUGGUUCUAGCUGUGAGGUGAAAUGUACACGAAACUUUGUGCUAAGCUUGUUGGGCACUCCCUCCACACCUAAAAACUUUGUUUUAGCACUGUAGCCUUGCUGCAUUGAAUCUGAUAAAGCUUUAAGAACAAUCUAAUGAGCGGAAUUGUGCUGUAACUCUGUGAGCAGCUGCUACAUCAUCACAGGUACUGAUGGCUUGUAGCGAAAGGCAAUUGAACUGUAUGAAAUAUAUUAGCAUACCAGUCUCAUCAUUUAUGCUAAACACAACGAUGUGCUAAAAAAUCUUUCUGCAAGAUUUGCAGUUACAGUGCUUGUUAUCAUUAUUACAUU